AUGCUGCUGAGCCCGGUCACCUCCACUCCCUUCUCCGUAGACCACAUUCUCAGGUUGGAGCGUGAGCCGAACGAAGCCGACGCCAAGACUCGGUCACAAUGGGAGUUUCCUAAGAACCUAGAAAAGCCUCAAUACCUAACAAUGGGCCCGGAAUCUGGAGGGUCAGAGGGUGGUGACUGGGCACAAGCUGGCUCAGACCCUCAUCGGUGCCCCUGGGAGACAGUCGUGGAGAUGGAGCCAGACACUCCCCCGUGCGCGACCUCCACGCUUGGAGCUGGGAACCCGAGGAUGGAGCGCGGUGCGGGUAACGGCGGCGACAGUGUACACCGAGGCGACCCGGAGGCGGCCAGGACGCGGCAGCGGCGGAAACCCCGCGUGCUGUUCUCACAGACCCAGGUGCUGACCCUGGAGCGCCGCUUCAAGCAGCAGCGGUACCUGUCUGCGCCUGAGCGCGAGCACCUAGCCAGCGCGCUGCAGCUCACUUCUACGCAGGUCAAGAUCUGGUUCCAAAACAGGCGCUACAAGUGCAAGAGGCAGCGCCAGGACCAGACCCUGGAACUGACGGGCCACUCGCUAACACCGCGCCGGGUGGCAGUGCCGGUACUGGUGCUGGAUGGCAAGCCCUGCCAGGGUCCCGACGCCCCCGCGUUCCCGGGUCCCUUUGCGGCCACCGUGCCCCAUUCUUGCUUUGGGGGCUACUCCGGCCCUUCCUAUAGUGCUAGCUACGCGGGCCGCUACACCGGCGUCGGUCCCGGGCCACUCACCCCACUGGCCAGCUCUGGCUUCAGCCCAGGUGUCCCGAGUUCUGCCCCGCAGGGUCAUCUGCCCGCCACGCUACAAAGAGUCGCGGCCUGGUGA